UUCAGUCAUAGUGAGGUCGCUCAUAACGAGACGAGUUGCUGAUAGCAAUGUCACGAAUACUAAAAUUAACGCAGCAUCCUUAUAUUACACAAAGUUUGUACGUUGCAGAAGCACAAUAUCGUUUAAAAAAAUUUGCAAUACAUCGCUAUUAUGCAACUGCAAGUAAGUUAAAACUCGAUUCGCAAAACAUAGUGAGUAGUGCGUUUCCCGAUGUCAAGGGCACCGAUAAUGUUUUCGUGCACGACUUUGUAUGGGAGAAUAUAGGAAAAUGGCCAAACAAGACCGCUGUAGUAUGCUCAGUAACUGGUCGAUCGUAUACAUAUAGUCAAUUAAGGAAGGCUUGCGGUAAACUAGCAACAAGUUUCAGAAAGUGUAAUCUGCUUCCUGGAGACACUGUCGCCGCUGUUUUGCCAAAUAUCCCAGAAUUUGUUAUUACUGCGUUAGCGACGAGUGAAGCCGGAUUAACCCUAACCACGCUGAACUCUACAUACACAGUGUACGAGAUAAAGAACUUUUUGAAACUAUCGGAUACUAAGGCGGUUAUAACGUCGCCAGCGAAACAUGCUGAUGUUCAAGCGAGUAUUAAGGAAAACCCAAAUAUAAAAUUACCUAUUAUUAUCGCAAACGACAGCAUCGACACUACCUCGAUCUCAGGGACGAUCAAAUUUACCGAUUUAAUACGCGACGACAUUGAGGAAUUUUCAAUUAGUCAAACAACUGGAGUCAGUCCCGAAGAUACGGUAUACCUGCCCUAUUCUAGCGGCACGACUGGUCUGCCAAAGGGAGUCGAGUUGAGACAUAGGAACAUUGUGACGAAUAUUACACAACUUCUACAUUCGGGACUCUUUACUGCAACGGAAACUACUGAAUCCUAUCAGGAUGUCAUACCCGUGAUAUUACCACUGUAUCACAUAUUUGGACUGGUUCUUGCUAUGAGUAGUUACUUACGAAUCGGUGGUAAAUUGGUGUGCGUGCCGCAAUUUACCGUAAACGAAUUCAUAAGGAUACUAGAACAAUAUCGGCCGACGCAGUUGCAUGUCGUACCGUCGAUAGUACAAAUGUUAAUUAAUAAUGAACAAAUAACACCGCGUCAUACCGAAACUAUAAAAUCGGUACUGUCGGGAGCGGCACCCAUACGGAGUGAAUCUAUCGCGAUGUUUCAAAAGCGUACCAACAAUUCCAUCAUCUUUUGUCAAGGAUACGGCAUGACGGAAACAUCUCCGGCUAUUUCGUUGAAUAACGGUACCGCACCGCUGGCAUCUAGCGGCUAUGUGUUGCCGAACACGCAGCUCAGAGUCGUAGGAUACAAUGAUGAUAAUCGCGACAAGAAUUUGGGCCCGAACGACAUCGGGCAUAUAUACGUACGAGGGCCGCAACUAAUGAAAGGAUAUUUCAAAAACCCCGAGAGUACGGCGGAAUCUAUGGACGGGGAUUGGUAUAAAACUGGCGAUCUAGGCUAUUACACCGAAGAGGGCGUUAUAUACGUGCAAGGGCGAUGCAAAGAAAUGAUAAAGGUAAAAGGAUUUCAAGUUGCCCCGGCCGAACUCGAAGAGGUGAUUCGCAUUUACAAUAAGAUACAAGAUGUAGCCGUUAUUGGAGUGCCGCACGAUAAAUUCGGCGAAAUUCCGAAAGCCUUCGUAGUUCCUAAGCCGGGAAUGAAGAUCGAUGAGGAUGAACUGAAGAAAUUUGUCGCCGAACACGUAGCUAAGUUCAAACAGUUGGGAUAUGUACAAAUUGUGGAGAGUAUCCCGAAAAGUGCGGUAGGGAAAAUUUUACGAAAUGAACUUAAAAAAAUGUAACAAUUCAAUGUUUCAAUAUCUCUUCAUACUUUGACUGACAAGAAGAAAUUUUGUGAGAAUCAACAGUUCACAGAUAUUGAUUGACAUUGAUUCAUAUAUACCAUGAACAUUAACAAAAACGUUUAUUACAAUAAAAGAGACACUAUUGAUAUGAAA